CAUCUCAUUCUUCUGGUGGCAAGACAUAAUCCUACUGUUGCAAAACAUGACAGGGCAGCGGGAGAUCAAAAUAUUUCCUCUUAAUAUAUCAUGGGCAAUUCUGUUCUAGCACUGCAGUCAGAAGCUGUCUGCUCAACUGUGUGAACUUCAGCUGCAGUUUCUGUUUUAGCUUGUAGAAUGGGGAGGGUUGGGCUGGCUCAGUGUAUAAGGAGGCUAUAAAGGAGAGUGUAGGUAUAAGAGAAGAGCUGCAUGUUACAGAGGGGAACAAAAGCUGGAGCUAGUUAAGAACUUUGCUUUCCUUAGGAUUUCCACAGCAAGAGUGUUUCCCUGGAUGUUUAUGUCCCUUUACUAGAUAGAGAUUUAUAGGCUCACAGACUGGCUUGGAUUGAAAGGGACCUCAAAGAUCAUCCAUUUCCAACUCAUUUGCUGUGGGUAAGGUUGCCAACCACAAAUUUGAAUGAGUGGAAGACACUGAAGUCAGUGAUAUGGGUCCACAUGACAAAACACCAGACUGGAUACUUUGAAUUCAGUCUUUGUUUAAAGCGAGCAAUUAGUAAAAGUUACUGAGAUCUUGAGGGUAAUCUGGAAAACAUUUGCUUGGCUUGAAAAAUAUCAGUAUGUUGUCUCUUUUCAACUACUGACAGCUCGUGUUUUAGUCUUGCAGGAAGCUGCCUUUGCAAGAAUGGCUCAUUUGGAAGGAUUCCUGCCCAUAUGCCACAGGUGCUGCAACAUGAUGCCAGCUCUGGACAAGUUCCUGUGCUCCAGUGCCAUCCCUGCUAUCCACCCCUGCUGCAGGAGCUCCUUCACCAUGCAGCAUCCUGCCUGGAUCACCAACACCCUCGCUCCCCUGUGGUGCCAAUGGAUUGGGUGCUGCCUCCCCUCCCUUGGCCCAACAUGGCAGAGGAGAUCAGAGAUCUUAGCCAAAAAUGUCCCUGUUCUGGUGAGAGGGGAGCAUGAUGGAUUUUAUUACCAUGGUACAGUAAAAGAGGAGGUGGAGAAUGAAAGGGGAAUGUUCCUGGUAGAGUUUACCAGACCACUUCAGUUGCAUGGAAGGCAUUCAGUAUGUGUGCAGAAAACAGCAAAGGAUGACAUCCUGGAGUAUACCAAUGGCAUGAAGCAUUCCUUGCUGCCGGGAGACAAAGUGUUGGCACCUUGGGAACCAGAUUUGGUGAGGUAUGGCCCUGGAACAGUCCUCACGGGCAUUGAGACAAGGGACCCCUUACGAGCAUCAGAAGAUGAAGAAAUUAUGGUUCAGUUCUGGAAUGAGAAGAAAGUGAAGCUGCCACGAGGUGUAGCACUGUGGAUCCCUCCUACUCUGUGUGGGAGGAUUGUGGAGAUGAUCCACAUGCCUUUCUCCAGCAGGUUAAAGCACAGAGAAAGUCCUGACGCUAACUCGUGCAUUUUUUCCUGCAGUCCUAAAACCACCUGGGUUCCUGUUUGCACUGCACAUAGUCACGCUAAGCACAGCUUGCUCUCCUCACUCUGCUGGCCAGUUCUCCACUAUCGUUGUGGUGGUAUGUGCUGUUCAUCAGCCUGUGUCCGCUGCUUCUGCUGCUGCCAUGGCCAUUUUGAUGUUUGGUGGCCUCUUCCGCCCAAGUCUCAGGUCUUUCAGAGAGAAUCUGAAGAGGCAGAGCCCAGCAGAAAGUCCUCUCCACACCUUCUAGAACUGGAAGGUCCAAAACAAGAGGAGUUAGAAGCUGUGGCAGCACGUUCCCCUUCUGAUUCAGAGGGUGAUCCAGAGGUGUUCCCCACUCAGAGUGCUGUAGUGGACAGUACUGUUAAAUCAGACCCCAGUCAUCCUGAGAAGCCCAGGCUGGAGGAAUCUGCAGGGCCCAAGUGGAAAUACUGGAAAAGGAACCACUACAAGUCUCGUGCCAGUAAUUCAGGAACUGGCAGACACAGCAGCAUUUGUACAAAGGGCAAGUUGGAAUCCAAAGCCAUCUCUGUUGUGGACAUGUCCAGUGUUGCACCACCUGAUCUGAGUGCAGUGCUGGAAACUACUGAGCAGCCUCCCAGAGGGCAAUUCACAAUGAAUGGAAUAGUGAAAUACCAGGAUUUCAAGCUGUCAUCAGGGCAGGAAGGUUCUGUAGCAUCAGGAAAACAAAGAUACAGACGUACAAGAAAGAAAACAGAGUCAGACAAUAAACAUAAAAAAGCAACUUGCAUAGGAGAGGACAAACUUGGCAGUACAGACCGUAUCAGCAGAGAACAGAGAGGGAAAGAACUGCAGAGCUCUGCUAAAGCAGGGAGAGAUGUGAUCCAUCAGAAUUCAGUAACUCUACAGCUGGUGAAGUUCAAGAGCUGAAAUUUCAGGUAAACUGCUUGUACUAUUAGCAAUGUUAUGUUUAUUAAGCAAAUAAAGUUCUGAUUUAGGCACUUCAUAGAAGAGGUUUAUGGAUAACUGUACCAUUUUAAUGACUGAGACGUAAUUUCCAACCUGGUAACAUUUCAGCAUCCUCAUUCUUUACUCUAUGGUUAGUCUGCUGUUAAAUUGAAUUAUUUGGACGUGAACUCUUUACAUUUCUGAAGAGAUCAGGUAAAUUAGUAUUAGUGCUGAAAGCCUGAGCAGAUGCAAAGCAAGGAUCUAAUAAACCUCCAGUUUGUCUACUGUUCUUCAGUGCUAACCAGAGGAAUUCAGCUCAUCAAUUUCUCUGUGGGAAACCAGAAGAAACAGAGAAAUGAUACAACCUGACAGCCCCAAAAUUUUAUUAUUAUUAUUUUUUUUCAGGAUUAAAGCAAAAGAACCACCAGAGAAUAAGGAAUAGAUAGCUUAACACAGUUCUCAGUGUGCAGUGUUCAAGCCACUGAAUUUUAUAUUCUUCUCAACAUUAACUGAAACCUUAAUUCCAUCAGCUACAAAAGGAUUACAGACUAUAUAGAGCAUGUCACUAAUACUAACUGCCUGCUACUGAAAAAGGCAGCUAGGCGAUUCUUAGCCUAGUUUAGAGCCUGCAGAGCCAGGAUUUGAAGCUUGUCAAUAGUUUAGAGUAUUUCCAUAGAAGGAGAUUCUACAACCUCUGGGCAGCCUGUUCCAGUGCUCUGUCACCCUCACAGUAAAGCAGUUUUU